GUUAAGGGUGGGACUUGUAAUUUACCAUCACUACGUGACUAGGACCCCCUUUCCUUUGUUCUUCUCUGUGGACCUUCUGGUCUCCAUUCAUGUCUUCAGAGUAUCCCUCCCACCUUCAUGUCUCUUUCGCACCAAAUGCAACGUCGUUCAAGCGGACGUUUGAACAGUUUGGCUACGAUUCGGGCUCUCCAAUGACUAGCGCUCUCCAAGCCAGCGGGAGCGCUACAGCAACCCAUAAUGUUCCGACGGGCUCCAGUAGCAACAGUAGUGGCAAUGAAAGAAACAAGAGGGCAAGGAGCACGAGCAGCUCCUCUAUCAGCAAUCGUUCUGCGGACUCUUCCAGGUCCUCCGAGUACAAUUCCGCGCGAUCGAGCGCCUCGCUGAGCGAGGGCUCUACUACAAAUGACCAUAACCUCCCUCUGGACCAGAACAGGAUAUCUCCAGCUUAUCCAUCUCCUACCAUUGCUUCUCCUACGAGUACCUUGGCCUCACCAGCGCCUGCACUACCAAGCACCGUGACCGAACCUCAGGAUGAGGACAUGUUGGAUAGCUCUAGUUUUUCCUUGGACAUCCCACGUCCCGCACCUCCGCCAGAAGUAUCUUCUACUACACAUGACGCUCUUCGGAGUUCCAUAGAACGUUUCAACGAAUUUGAUAGUCACAUUGCAGCCCUCCGGCGUUCACACUCACGUACCCCAUCUUGGCACCCUGCCGCAUCUCCCGUUCUGUCCCCACGCGAAUCCUUAAAUGAUACUCCCGAGGCAUUUGACCACUGGGAUUGGACUCAUUUUGGAGCUUCACCGGGCUCGUCACAUACAUCUGGGGAGGAUCGCCGAGAUCAAUAUUCCACUGAUGCAACGACUUCCAUUGGGUCUGGAAGUACACACACUGUGGUUCCCAGGCAAGUUGACUCGUUAUCUUUCCAGGCAUCGGAUGGCUUAUCACGCCUCGGCUAUACUGCCUCAUCAAGUAAUACCAAUUCUACACGUUUGUCGAACACUCCUCAUUCUUCAUACCGCCCAUCCCCAUCAAUAUCUUCAGCGAGGGCGAAUGCAUCUAUCCGAGAAUCCGACGAGUUUCCCAGCUUAACUGGAUCACUCGCCUCCGUUCCGUCAGUCCUGCAGACUGAAAGAAAUCAAACCGAUGCCUUGAAUGGACCCGACGGCAGGCAAGGUGUUCCUCGUGGGUCAAGUUCCGGCUCACCAAAUAUGUCAUGGGCUGCUCUCGCCUCUCGUCCUUCACCGCCCGUUGGGCCGUCGCCAGAUGUGGUCGGCAGGCAAGGUGUUCAUCGUGGGUCAAGUUCUGGCUCAUUAAAUCUGUCAUGGGCUGCUCUUGCAUCCCCUCGUCCUUCACCCCCUGUCGUGCCAUCGCCGGAUGUUGGCACGCGUCCAGGAUUAUUUGAUAGCGUCUUCGAGCCACCAACUUCGGAUUUGGCUACCAGUCGGCCGCAGGCCGCAAGACGUAUUACUCAUUCAGAUGCCGGCUGGAGAUCCACGAGUUCCGCGCGUGCAUCAGCAAGCACUUCUACGUCAUCCUCUGUGCUUGGAGACUCCAUUUCUCACUUCUACGCUGCCGACGAGGAACGACACCGGGGUUCCUCGAUUACAUUACAGGACAAUAACCCACCACCUUCCCGCUCUACUGAAAGAUAUCAAGAGGUCGCUGCGCGUGCUAGAACAGGUAUCGAACGCUCACGUAACUUAGGUAUGACUUUUAUGUUUCUUCUUUCCUGUUGUUCACAAACAAUGCCAGUCCGGCCUCUCUCGGAGGCUUUCGUUUCGUUUUCGAGAGAACAGGCAGUUGAAGAUUCCGACGAAGCAGAGUUGUCGUUUGACCGUUACUUAGCGGGUGUCGACGGAGAGGAUACCAUCGAUCACGAGAGACGGCACAGGGUGAUAGCUCGUAACCGUCACGAUCUUGCCGGCGAAGACGAUGAAGACGACGACGACACAUCUCAUCCUGACAGUGUGCACGAGAUCAUCCAAGGUCUUCAUAAUGCCCGGGGUCUGCUCGAGCGUGGUGUAGAAACUGCCCGUUCAUUGUCCGGGACGCCCUCACGACCUGAACCUAAUCCUCCUCCGUCUCGUUAUCGCUUUCAUUCCCGCUUGUACGCUUCCGCUACGACGAUGUCUAGCAACUCGUUGGUGUCAGAGAGUGCUGCGGAGCAUCGCCGUACCAACGCCAGGGCACAACUUCGCUCCCAAUUGUUUGAUUCACGUCCCAACUCUGAUGAGCCUCCUCGAGACAGUGCAGAGUUUUCAGGUUUGGCUGCUGCUGCUCGCUUGAGGCGUCUUAUGGCCAGUCAAGCGGACUCCUCAUCGAACACCUCUUCCCAUCCUUCAUCGUCUGUUCGAACAGCCGAUCUCUCAUCAAGGCCGUUCGGAUUAAGCGGUUCUGGGCCGCCUCCACAGCCACGAGGAGGCUUGAACGAAUGGGAGAGAGUUCGCUUUUCAGAAAUUUUGUCCGAACACAGACAUCCCCGGAUGAGGAGCGGCAAUAACAGAUCCCGGUCAAGAGAUCGCAACCAUCUUUCUUCUGAAGACCCGCCUGGCAGCAUGUUUGACCCCGUGUUCACUCCGAUCGACAUUAUUCCGGAUUUAACAAACUCAGCGGAGGAAGACGCGCAACCACCAUAUGUUUAUCGUCCGCCUACACCACCGCUUCACACCUUGCGUGCUGCUCGCUCGCGCUCUCCACCGCGCAUAUCCUCGGAACGACCGCAUGUGUCUAUCAGUGAUACAUCUGCGAGGUCCCAUCCCUUUAGUAGCGUUAACUUAGAUAUGUUCCCACCUGGGAUAUAUCGCGAUUCGUUGCGGCGGUCGAUACAGGCGAAUCAAGGACGCAACAACUCCCGUGUGCCUGUGCCAGAGCCUACACCUGCCUCUCACGAACCUUCAACUAUGUUUUCAUUCGGGAACUCGGAUGAGGAUAACGAUAGCGAUGACAUGGAUUCUUACUUUGGUAUCUUGCCAAGGCGUGGAAGGGAACGCACAGCAGCCACGAGCGCACGAUUUACAUCGAGGCAUAUGAUGCCGGAGCCUGCUGUACCAGCAACAUCCUUGGCUUUUGGCGUCGACUCUCACAACACGUCCACCCAGGGUAAUAGCGCGUUCAUUGGUGUGCGGGGCCGUAUCCCUCCGUUGAGAGGACAGUCGAGCGACGAACAUCUUGCGAGGCAUCGGUUGAAUGAACCAGAGAGAGGUCUUCAAAGUUCGCCUCUAGAUCCAUACUUUUCUAGCAGUAGGCGCGAUGCCCCCACACACAACCCUGCCCCCCAUUCUUCUUGGGAGUUCCUGACAGAAGCCCAGGAUCGUGACUAUGACAGAAUGAGAGCAAUGCGUGACAUGAUGGACCGGUAUGGUACCAAUAGCGAACGCUCUGACUUGGCCUCCAGGCGUAACGUUCCUCAGCCUCACCAAGGACCUUCCGGGAGACCUGGGGGUGCUAAUCGCCUCACAUUGCUGCCAUGGCGGUCUCCACUGCUUCAAGGUCCAUCCACUCCGACAAGCUCAGGAUCGUCUUUCAACUCCAGUAGUUCCGCUACAAUCAAUCCUUACCGAAACAUCCCAGACCGACCUCGUGAACGGCAAGAAGUGGCGCCACCAGAAGAACGGACGCCCAUUCGCACCUUGAGGCAGCGGGCUGGCCUCACCCGCGGAACAUCCCGAGCGGAAGGUACUCGUAUUCGAUCAAUGUUCCGGACGAUGGCAAGGAGAAAUAUGGGCGAUUAUAUGGUACGUGUGCUGUGCUGUGCUUAUUGGGACGUCCUUCAUGUUCCUCUUUUUCGGGUAUAGCCGGAUGAGUUAUUUGACUCGUCGUAUGAGGGAUUAUUGUCACUAGGAGAAACGCUUGGGGAAGUUAGGUCGAAGGCCACGCCUUCCGACGUCAUCGCCUCGCUUCCAACAGGGACCUAUCAAGC